GAUUAUUUGUACCAAGAUGGGUUUCUAAGGUGUUACCGUUCAUGGCUGCUGAACGUCUACCCUGAUGCCAUCAUGUGCUGAUUACUAAAUGCUUAGAAACAUAGGCUGUUGGCUCUUGACCUGGAAAAGAUACCUGGUGAUUUCAAGGAGUAGGCAGGCCACGGACAGCAGGGAGGGAGCGAACCACACCGCCUGAGACAGUGCCUCUUGGGCUGCUACCAAGUCAGGGAAGGGAGUGUAAAUUGUCAGCAAAAAUGCAGGUUUUCACCUAAUUUACAGAUGUUCCCAUGCUAGCUGGGCCAAGUCAAAGACCAGCUCAGUGCUGUGUGAAAUUGGGAACUCUAUAGGUGCAACCGGGAAAGGGUCUGGCCCACAGUAGCUGGAUGGGGGCACGACCUUCAUGUGGACUGGAUCUGCUUCCCUUUGCCACUGCUCUCAUCCGUCCUGCUCAGCCCCAGCUGCUCGCGGGUCCCCUGAUCUAGGAGAUAGGAGCCCUCCCUCCGUCUAUAAACUUCUUCCUUGGUGUCUUGAGCCUUAAACCCAUCUGCCUGCACCUAGGCAUCAGCCGAUCCCAGAAACGCUCAACAGCUCUGCUUCCUAAUGCUGACCGGGGGAAAAAAAAAACAUUUCCCACCCCAGAAGGAUGCUGGUGUCUUUUGGCCCCCAUACGAACACGGCCCGGGCGAGUGAGACUAUCGGUGCUGAUGUUGCUCUGCGGUGUGGUUCAGCUCUGGGUGCAGCACCAGCAAUUGUUCUGUUUCUUCCCGAAGGAAACAGCAAGUCCUUGGCAAUACAAACAUUUCACAACCCUCCUGCACCACUCCCUGCCAUUCUCCUGGAGGCUGGAGUCCGUGAGCGGUGAGGCUGCCUGGCGCUGGGCUUCCCCAUGGGGAGUCGAACCCAUGCCAAAGGGUCUUGAUGCUCUCCAGGAAGACCCGUGGUCCUGGCAAACACACAGAAUUGGUGAUUUAAUAUAGAUACAGCUAAAAUGUGGGGCAGUCUGGGGAGAGAUGAUGGUAAAGUGGUUUGGUCCACCCAGGGAGGCAGAUGGCCAAGGAGAUGCAGGGUUUGGAGGUUUACUAGUGUCUCGGGCUCCCAGCCAACCUUGAGCUCCCAUCGCAGUCUUCUGCUGACAUGAAAGGGCUCUGGAUCAAGCCUUGCUAAAUUUGUUCUCCCAAUGUCUGCAUCUUUCCUCUCUGCUGUUUCCGGGCUGUGGUCAUGAGCUGCAUCUAGCCUAGAAGUUCAGAAACCCAUUUCUGGAUCCCAACCAGGGUAUGUGGUUAUACAGCGAGGCACGAACAACAGGCUUAACAUCUUUAGACCUGUUGUACGUUUGGGAUUGGAGGCCUCAAAUCUCCCUAAUCCUCCUCCCUUGCACUGGAAACCCGAGUGAAAAAUUCAGCAGGGUCAGAGCCUUUAUUGAAUGAAGCGUCUCUCAUGUCUGUGCAGGCAAAAGGGCUGAGGAUGACGGAGGGGAGCAUCUGCAGUCAUCAUGUUUGGACAGGACCUACCCAUCCUACCAGCCAAGGCUCAGCUGCAUGUUUGGGACAGCCGCUGGAGCCAUACUGCUACUCGCCAGUAGAUGAUCAGCUCCUGAAACAGCUCUGUUCCUGGAAAGCCUCAAUGAAAUGUUCUGCAAGAGAUGAGCAGGGAGAGGCUGGAUACAGCAACGCUCAGUGCCCUUGGCAGAGCUUCCUGGCUCAAGUAAAAUUGCAUCCAGCAGCUGUGAGUAAAAUUACAUCCAGAGGCUGCUCUGGUACUCAUGCUGGGGACACCUGGGGAUGCAGAGGGCUUCAUUUGUGCCUCUGGCUGCAGAGUGGAUGGCCCUCAAAGCAAGAAUCCAGGUAGUGCCUGGACUUCACAACUAUGCCUGUCCUUGGAGGAUAACAGUGCUGGAGUCUGUUCUCCGACCCUGAGGCUAACCAGCAUUGCUGGGCCGUGUUCAUGCUAUUAGAAAUCCCUUAGCCACCAAAAUGGGGUGGCCACAUGCCAGCUACCUGUACGGAAUGGUUGCUUGCCCGUGGUAACUCCCAAACCACGCCUGGGUCUUGUCUGGUAUAGCGUUAGCUGGCUGAGGUCAAAGCCGGGCCAGCAACCAUUCCAGUUGUUUGAGCAUCUAGAUGAAUUAACUCUAGUGCUGUUUAAUUUACUAGUACAGAUGUAGCCCGUGUUGUGGGGAAAGGGCAAGACGUCACGGCGUCUCAUGUGUGGAGUUUCUAGGCAGAGCAGUUAAACGGCUGACGCCUCUUCUCUGGUGAGGAGCUGUGAGACCUUGGGCUGCCCGGAUCACCCUGGGUAGUGAACCAUGAGUUACGGCACCCAUCCCUCAUGCCCCAGUAUAUUUUUUGCUCUCACCUGUGUUGGAGUGCUACCAAGUCUGCAGGAGGCAACUGGACACACUUCAGGGGACCUCCGGUUCUGUCCCAGGAAACACGUACCUCCUGGCAGAGUGACUGGAAAUACAAAUUCUUCCACAUCCUCUUGCCCAUUUGCAAUCCCCCCGCCAACUCAGAAGACCCUCCAAAGACCUAUGCUGAAACUCUGUGAAUUUUAAUUCCACACCAACAACUCACGUUUACAGUCAAACAUAUUCAAGCCUGAUAAUAACACAUAAUGGCUUUUUUUUACUCCCGGCCAAGUGCAGCCAAGCUCAAUGCAAGAUCAAUUUGCUCUGGUCAUAGCAAACAAACAGCCUUGCUAUGCCCACAGACCGUGAUGUACAAUGCCUAUUCAGCUGGGCUGGAGACACUCCAAAGCAAGGUCUGCAGGCAUUGGAUGGAGGUGGGGGUCACCCAGCUCAGGCUCUUAUCUGCUUGUUUAGCCUUUUAUCUACUCUGAAAUUCAAGGUGAUCUCUGAAGUCAGCAGUCUCAUGUUGUGUUAUAGUCCAAAGUCUUGAAAAGGCACCUAGAAGACUUGGCCUCACCCAAGGAUGGAGGGAGCUGUGCUGUUAACUCCAUUAGCCGGAUGGGGUGCUCUUGAACCUGGUGCCUACACCUCUGCUCCCUGCCAGCUUUGCCCGCCCUUCCUGAACAGAGCAAAGCAAAGUGGAGAAGAAAGCAUGUCACAAACAAAUCCAUGGGCUGAGACUCGCAAAGGGAGCCAACUGAUACGUAUGCAGCUGGCCUCUCAACAGCCACAAGCAAAUGCAAAGGUGUGCCCAUGGCUCCUUUUAGUUGACUCAAUUUGUCAAAGAGGAGUAGGUACGUGUAUUACAGCCUUUCUUAUCAGAUGACAUGUUUAUGGCAGUAGCUGAUUGGCACGCAUGGCUCUGGAUACGGAAGAAGACUUGGAACUCACCACCAAUCCCUCCCCCUAUCUGUGCUCUCCUCCUUUCUCUUUUCCAUUUUUUGCCAGCCACUUCAGUGGUGCCCUCCACAGCGUGCUUUCUCAUCGGCACCAAACCUGAGGUGGGUUGCAACAGUCCUUUCUUUUUCGAUAGCUAUUGGAUGAAGAACCUUACUUGGGGGUUGUGGGAUGGAGGCACUGGGCACAGCAGGAAGGGCACACAGGCUUCUGUUUCCACUUCUGAGCACGGGCAGGCAUUGCUUCAUUCUAUGUUUUCAUAUCACAUCCGUCUGCUGUUUGCUUAAAUCGCCAAAUAACUUAAAUACGUUAUUGCAUGGCUGUGAGGACUCCAAAGUGGCUGUUUACAGCUUUUCUAUGGGGAAAUGAGUGGUGGCUGUUCUCAAAAUCAGAUAGGCAAAAAGGAGCUGAUGAAAAAAGGUAGUGGGUGAUGAUGGAGGAAAGUCUGGGGUCUUUGGAUGAGAUGUUGUGCCCUGUGAGUGCCUGUUAUAAGCACCUUGUGUAUGGAGCUACUGCGGGGGCACUUUCCUCUCACAAAGUGGGAGGAGGCUGGUGGUAAAUGUACUUCAGCUCUUCCCAACGUCCCCUGAACCCCUGUGCAUACCUCCCUACCAAGCUAUAUACCAAGAGCUGCGUCCCUGCUGUGUCCAGUGUGCGCCCAUGUCUGUGGUGUUUGCAGAUUCACUCAUGGAGCUCAUGGAAGGGAAGAAGACCUUCUGCAAGAAUCUCCUCACCUUUAUGCUCUUCAGCUUCAUAUUCAGCUUCUGUCUCUUUGCUUCUUUUCAUCAGUUCAGGACUCCUGAGCCAGAGCAUAAUAAUACCCAUCCCUCUGCACAAACAGCCCUCACUGAUUCCGGCACCCCACCAAAAAGCAAGCAUGAGCUGACCAUUUUGCUGUGGACCUGGCCCUUUGGGCAGCGCUUUAAAUUCAGCAGCUGCUCGGAGCUCUACAGCACGCCAGAAUGCCACUUCACUGCCAACCGGAGCUGGUACCACAAGGCCAGUGCUGUGAUUGUGCAUCAUAGGGAUGUGUCUUGGAACGUAAAGGGACUGUCCCAGGUCACCAGAAUCCCUUCGCAGCGCUGGAUCUGGUUCAACCUGGAGUCGCCCAGUCACUCGGCCAACCUGGGCGCCAUGGACAACCUCUUCAACCUGACCAUGUCCUACCGGAGGGACUCGGACAUCUUCAGCCCCUACGGGGAGCUGCAGCUCCUUAGCCAGCCCCAGCCCUUCAGCAUCCCGCCCAAGGCCAAGCUCGUGGCCUGGGUGGUCAGCAACUGGCGGGCAGACUCCCACCGGGUGAAGUACUACGAGCAGCUGAGGCAGCACAUCGCCGUGGACGUCUACGGGCAGCAGCACCGGCCCCUGGCCCAAGACCAGCUCCUGCCCACCAUGGCCCAGUACAAGUUCUACCUGGCCUUUGAGAACUCGCAGCACGAGGACUACAUCACCGAGAAGGUCUGGAGGAACGCCUUGUCGGCUGGCACCGUCCCCGUCGUCCUCGGGCCGCCCCGGGACAACUACGAGCGCUUUCUGCCCCCCGACGCCUUCAUCCACGUUGAUGACUUUGCCAGCGCCCGGGACCUGGCGCGGUACCUGCAGGAGCUGAGCGAGGACGCUGAGAGAUACCAGCGCUACUUCCAGUGGCGGCGGUGGCUGAAGCCCGUGAAUGCGCCCGGCUGGGCCGUCCACCUCUGCCGGGCCUGCCGGGUCCUGCAGACGACGGAGGCCCGGUACCAGGUGGUGCCCAAGCUAUCUGAGUGGUUUGUGUAACUGCUAUUUUCUCGGCUCCUGACUGUAUUUUGAUCUUGUUGAACUUGCGAUUGGGUGCAAUUUCACAGGAGGAUUGAACUUGUUAAAAAUGGAGGGACAAUAAGAGCUUUGAAACCAACAGGAACAAGGAAACAAUCAGUGUUCAUGUCUUUGUUUUACGAGAUAAUAGACUACCCGAUAGAGUAGUACAUUGGGUUUUUUUUCUGUUGGUGUUUGAGUUAAUGCA